CGGCGGGAAGCGCUGACGCUAUACGUGGCGGCGGCGGGUGUGUGACGCAGUUGCCCAUGGUAACCCCGGAGCCGCGCCGAGGAUGGGUUUACUGUCAAUCCUGCGUAAACUGAAAAGCGCCCCAGACCAGGAGGUGAGAAUCCUCCUCUUGGGACUGGAUAAUGCAGGCAAGACCACACUCCUGAAACAGCUGGCAUCUGAGGACAUCAGCCACAUCACGCCAACACAGGGCUUUAACAUCAAAAGCGUACAGUCUCAAGGCUUCAAGCUGAAUGUAUGGGACAUAGGUGGACAGAGGAAGAUCAGGCCGUACUGGAGGAACUAUUUUGAAAACACUGAUAUCCUUAUCUAUGUCAUUGACAGUGCAGAUAGGAAGAGGUUUGAAGAAACGGGUCAGGAGCUGGCUGAGCUUUUGGAUGAAGAAAAGCUUAGUGGAGUCCCUGUGCUCAUAUUCGCUAACAAGCAGGAUUUGCUGACGGCUGCCCCUGCUUCAGAGAUUGCCGAGGGACUGAACCUACACACAAUCCGGGACAGAGUCUGGCAGAUCCAGUCUUGUUCAGCUCUUUCAGGAGAGGGAGUACAGAUAGAUGAAAGAUGUCUCUCCUGCCCCUUUGUGUUCUCUGGGGGUGAAGAGAUGAUGGAGAAGUGACAUUCUCCAAGGGCACAUCAGAGAACGUGGGUCCAAGCCCCUGCUCCGACCACAAUCGCUGGGCCUGGGGACUUUUGUCCUCCAGCUGCAGCCACGUCCCCCCCACUGCAGCUCUGAUGGAGAAUGUCUCUUCUUGCCCUUAGAGAAUGCCUGCCAAAGCCUCAUGCAACCUCCCAUUUUUCCCCCUACCAAUACCUCUUCUUGCAUGUUAAUGAAUUUUUUCCUCUGUUGAAAAUGUAACUGAUCACCAGACUUUUUUAUUAAGCAUACUGGGAUGAGACCAGCCCACUAACUCCCCCUUGCCCCACAGGGCUCUUCUGCAAAGGCAAAAGGUGGUGGCUGUUGCAUUCCCUGGACUGGCGGGGUCCACACAAGCUCUUUCUUUUAUGUUCCCUUUUUGAAUUUCACCAAAAAGGGGUAUUUGCAA